GAGUACUGCUACCGGUUAGUGCUUGAUCGUUGAUUAUCGUUUUGCAAAUUCGCAAAUAUUGCGUUCAUACAUUCAAGUAAUUGUAUAUUGUUUAGCAAAUUAGUAAACUAAGGAAUAUUUUUAACACAACCUGUUUAACAAAGUGGUAAACAUUUAUUAAGUAAACCUUCCAAGUGAACUAAGCGGAAUCCUGUUUCUAUAAUGGAAAUUAACGAGAAUAAUUUCGAGCGUCUAGCUAACUACUUGCAGCAAACACUUAGCCCUGAUCCAGAAGUGCGUCGGCCCGCGGAGCGCUUUAUCGAAAGCAUCGAAAUCAGUCAAAACUACCCACUGCUUUGUCUACAUCUGAUUGACCGACAGGCGGUCGACAUUACCAUACGAGUUGCAGCUGCAAUUGCAUUUAAGAACUUUGUUAAACGCAACUGGGGCUUUCAUUUGGAAAACGACGGACCUGAUAAAGUAGCCGAAUCCGACCGAAAUGGCAUCAAAGCAAUGAUUGUCCCAUUGAUGUUAAAAUCCCCGCUUUCUAUUCAAAAACAACUUAGUGAUGCUGUCAGCAUUAUCGGCAAAUAUGAUUUUCCUCUCAAGUGGCCCCAGUUAAUGGACGAAAUGAUUGAAAAAUUUGCAACCGGUGAUUUUAACAUUAUUAAUGGCGUUCUUCAAACGGCUCAUUCUCUCUUCAAGCGAUACCGGUACGAGUUUAAAUCUCAGGAACUCUGGGAAGAAAUCAAGUUUGUACUGGAUAAGCUUGCCAAGCCUUUAACUGAUCUGUUACAAGCAACAUUAGGUCUCGCAGAAGCGCAUGCGAAUAACGAGGAAGCGCUAAAGAUAAUAUACGGCUCUUUGGUACUUGUAUGCAAAGUGUUUUAUUCACUUAACUCCCAGGACUUGCCGGAAUUUUUCGAAGAUAAUAUGGAAACUUGGAUGAAGGCGUUCCAUGGAUUGCUAACUGUGGAUAUUUUAUGUUUGAAAACGUCAGAUGACGAGGAUGCCGGUGUUUUGGAAUUGCUACGCUCGCAAAUAUGCGAAAAUCUUUGUUUGUAUGCCCAGAAGUACGACGAGGAAUUUGGACCUUAUAUGCCACAAUUCGUCACCGCCGUAUGGGAGUUGCUGGUGAAUACAGGAAUUCAAACAAAGUACGAUACACUCGUUUCCAAUGCAUUGAAUUUCUUGAGUACAGUCGCAGAUCGCAAUCACUACAGACAUUUGUUUGAGGAUCCAAAUGUCCUGGCUAGCAUUUGUGAAAAAGUUAUCAUACCAAAUAUGGACUUUCGAGUUUCUGACGAAGAACUGUUCGAAGAUAACCCAGAGGAAUAUAUUCGGCGUGACAUCGAGGGUUCUGAUGUAGAAACACGGCGAAGAGCUGCAUGCGACCUGGUAAAAACGCUUUCGCAAAACUUCGAAUCUAAAAUUAUAGAGAUAUUUGGUCAGUAUUUGCAAGUCUUACUGGCCAGGUAUGCCGAGAACCCAGUAAAUAAUUGGAAAACUAAAGACACAGCUAUCUACUUGGUAACUUCGAUGGCUUCCAAGGGCCAAACUCAGAAAUUAGGAGUAACACAAACGUCCGAGCUCGUCCCGUUGCCUCAGUUUACACAACAGCAAAUCAUUCCGGAAUUGGAACGAACGGAUGUGAAUGAGCUACCUGUGUUAAAGGCAGACGCUCUCAAAUUUCUUAUGACUUUCCGUACGAUUCUCGGACCACAGAUUAUUGUGGCCACACUGCCAUUAGUUACGAAACAUCUGGCUGCCGGGAAUGUGGUAGUUCAUAGUUAUGCUGCUUGCACUAUCGACAAAAUCCUCAUCAUGAAAGGUCCAGACAACAAAGCAAUCGUUACGAAAGAAAUUCUUGCUCCUUUAAGUGCAGAACUAAUCACCGGUCUCUUUGCUGCAUUUGCCGUGCAGGGUUCGAACGAGAAUGAGUACAUCAUGAAGUGCAUUAUGCGAACUCUAAACACGCUACAGGAGGCAUCACUUCCAUUUAUGAUCGUGGUUCUGCCGAGACUUACAGAAAUAUUGACCGUUGUGUCGAAAAAUCCGUCUAAACCACAUUUCAAUCACUAUCUGUUUGAAACUUUGUCUCUUUCGGUGAAGUUGGUGUGCAAGGCAGAUCCAAAUGCUGUUACUUCAUUCGAAGAAGCUCUGUUUCCAGUAUUUCAAGGCAUAUUACAAAACGACGUUCUCGAAUUUAUGCCAUACGUUUUCCAACUGUUAUCACUAUUUCUUGAGAUUCGCGAAGGACAUCGUGCCAUACCAGACACCUAUUUGUCGUUGUUCCCUUGUCUACUAGCACCAGCGUUAUGGGAGAGACCCGGCAAUGUUACCCCACUUAUCCGACUUUUGUGUGCUUUCGUGCGGCAAGCUUCGCCACAAAUUAGCGCAGAUGGUAAACUGAAUGCUGUUUUAGGGGUAUUUCAAAAAAUGAUUGCCUCCAAGAACAAUGAUCACGAAGGCUUUUAUUUACUGCAAAAUUUAUUGCUGCAUUAUCCAUCGGAAGAGUUAGGUCAAAGCAUGCGUCAGAUCUUUUCGUUGUUGUUCCAACGGCUAAGCUCUUCUAAAACCACAAAAUUUGUACGCAGUUUCAUCGUGUUUCUGUGCUUAUAUGCAGCGCGCGUCGGCGCUCAAGCUCUUGUGCAGAUGAUUGACAAUAUUCAGUCCUCAAUGUUUGGAAUGGUCAUCGAACGAAUUUUCAUACCGGAUCUCAACAAAGUCGCCGGAGAGUUGGAACAAAAAAUCGUCUCCGUUGGCAUUACGAAGUUACUUUGCGAAACUCCGGAAAUGAUAACCGAUCCGUAUGUGAAGUUCUGGCCCCAGCUGCUACAAGCGGUUAUUCAAAUAUUCGAGCUUCCACCUGACGAAACGGCUAGUGAGGGAGAAACUUUCAUUGAAAUUGAAGACGUGCCUGGUUAUCAGGCAGCCUAUUCACAACUUAACUUUGCACAGGCCAAACCAAUCGAUCCACUGCCGGAUGUGAAUAAUAUACGCCAAUUUCUUGUGCAGCAUCUAGGCAAACUGGCCCAAACUAACGCAGGUAAAGUUGGCGUUCUGGUGGCUUCUCUACCGGCAGCACAUCAAGAGGUUUUGCAGAAAUAUUGCGCUCAGGGCGGAGUGCAAAUUAAGCUCUAAAAUUGCUCGCAGUCUGUUGUGCAUCAGAUCUGUACCUUGUGACAUUCUUUUUCGUUUGAAACCAACUGCAUUGAUAAUGUAUAUCAUAAACUGUAGUUCAAGCAAAACUUCAAUAAA